ACACCCAAAGAGAAAAAAAUGGAUCCUCCAAAUCUCCUCCUCUUGCUUCUUCUCAUGUUUGCUUCCACCAUAAACGCCCAAUUCCCGGCGACCUACUGUGGUUCGACCGGCAACUUCACUGCCAACAGCACCUACCAAACCACCCUCACCACCCUCGUCUCCUCCAUCUCCACCACCAACUCCUCGUCCCUCUCCUACGGCUUCUUCAAUGCCUCUGCUGCCAUCUCCGGCGCCUCCCAAACCCUCUAUCUCUUUGGCCUCUGUCGCGGUGACUUAACCACCUUGAGCUGCCGCGCCUGCCUCGAUGACUUGGCCUCCGACAUGCGCCGCCUCUGCCCCCUACAAAAGGAGGCACUCCUCUACACCGGGAACUGCAUCAUUCGGUACUCGGACGCCUCGUUCUUUGGUGUAGUUGUGACACGACCCUCCUACCUGGCAAGCACCACUGACAACGUCUCGAGCCCAGACACAUACGACGCAGCAAUGAGGAAGCUCCUGAACGGUCUGUUGGCUGAGGCGGCGCGUGGUGGCUCAUUGAGAAAGUACGCAUCAGGGAACGAAUCAGUGAGGCCUGACAUGAUCUAUGCGUUGGUGCAGUGCACACCAGACUUGACGGAGCAGCAAUGCAGCGACUGCUUGGUUGUAGGCGUCGAGGAGAUCAGGGGCUGCUGUGUCAGGCACAAAGGAGGACGGUUCAUGGUGCCAAGUUGCCUGAUCCUGUACGAGACCAAUCAUCGGUUCUUCGACCCAGUAAGUGAGCCACCUCCGCUGCCUCCGCCACCACCAUCGCAGGAUGGAGAUGCAAUGCCUCCACCAUCAGUUGGAAAGAGCAAUUCGACGAGGACUGGGAUCAUUGUGGUCAUCACAAGUAUUUCUGCACUACUUAUCAUCAGCAUUGUCAUCGUGCUCCUGAAUGUGAAUAGGAAGAAGCAGCCCAGAGAAAGUGUUGAAGGCGAGUGUUUAUCCUUUUGCUUUGGAACAACGACUGUUCAUGAGGUUAAAAAAGAUUAUGAAAAUAAUUAA